CUGAGGCAGGACGGAAGUGUCCAAAAGGUAGCCGCGAUCUCCUCCAACCGACUCAGGAGUAGGGAUCCCCAGUCCAAUGUCCCCGGAUAGAGAAGCAGGCGUCCCCAUUUACAAGCACCUUGGAGGAGCGGCCGCAACCCCAGAACCUGUGGGUCUGAGGGAGGAGGCGGCCGGAGUCCAGAAAACCUAGUCUGCAGGGGAGACUCCUGGGGAACCAGAACACCCUCGCUGAGGGCGGAUGGCUCUGGGGCCUUGGACCCUGGGUCUGAGGGAGGGGGCAGCGGGUCCCCGCACUCGUGCGUUGGCGUGGCCAGCCUCUGCCCCCGCUCACACUCCACUCUUCCCAGCGCCCCAUCUCGGAGCCUGGCCAGCAGACACUCCAGGUGGUUGCCCCCUCCCUCUCCUGAGAUGUCAGGGAGGAGACGACCUGUAUCCUACACAGGGGCCCCACAGAGCUUGGGGGCCCCCAUCCCCAGAGCGAGGAGGUGGAGGUGCUGCUGACAGGUGUGCAAGCCAUGCUGCCUCACCACUCCCGCUCCUUCUUCCUCUUCCUCUUCCUCCUCCCCAGCGUCCCCAUGGAGCCCCAGCCCCCAUCCUCCACCUUGCCCCCAUUUCUGGCCCCCGAGUGGGACCUCCUGUCUCCCCGCGUGGCCCUGUCAAGGGGCGCCCCUGCUGGGCCCCCUCUUCUCUUCCUGCUGGAGGCCGGAGCCUUUGGGGAGCCGGCAGGGACCCCAGCCAACCGCAGCCGGCGUGGGGCGGGUGAGACUGCGCCCGCGAGCCGCCGGGGUGAGCUGGCAGUGUGCGAUGCAGUGAGUGGCUGGGUGACGGACCGGCGGACUGCUGUGGACUUGCGUGGGCGCGAGGUGGAGGUGCUGGGCGAGGUGCCCGCAGCAGGUGGCAGUCCCCUGCGUCAGUACUUCUUCGAGACGCGCUGCAAGGCCGAAAGCGCUGGGGAAGGUGGCCCGGGUGUGGGCGGAGGGGGUUGUCGCGGCGUGGAUCGGAGGCACUGGCUCUCAGAAUGCAAGGCCAAGCAGUCCUAUGUGCGGGCGUUGACGGCAGACUCCCAGGGCCGCGUGGGCUGGCGCUGGAUUCGGAUCGAUACAGCUUGCGUCUGCACGCUGCUCAGCCGAACAGGCCGGGCCUGAGGACUCCAGCUUGGGAACUGCUCAGGUUGAGGAAAGAAAGGAGCUGGAUGCUAAAGGACCUCAGAGGCGACCUGGCUGCUCUACUGUGCCUUCCGAUUGAGAACUGGAAAAAAAAAAAAUCAAAUCUCUCGUUUUUUGAGAGCUCAAUCUGUGUGGAAUGCUUGAUGAAACCAAAUGGAGGUUCAAGGGAUGAAUAGUUCUCCUGGAGGAACUCGGCAGUGACGAGAAUAGCCAAUGUCUGCUGUUGAGUAGAUCUAAUACAUAACUCUGCUGACCGUUCCCAUCAGAGGAUCCUGGGACCAGGAAAGACCGUGUGAAAAAGUGAUGUGAGCAGGCCUGUUUGCCUAGCAUGUGUCAAGUCCUGGGCUCUAUCCUGAGGACCACAUCAUAAACCAUGUUCAGUGGUGGAAAUCUGCAAUGCCAGCACUUGGGAGGUAAAAGCAGGCAGAUCAGGA